AAGAAAACAACUCACUUUGACCAAAUUGGCCCGUGAUGAUAGAAUUCAGUGGCUGAACUACAUUAAUUUUCCUCCCAUGGGGCCGAGUCAGGUCUGGGAACACAAUCAGCUGUAAUAGGAAGAUAAAAUAUCACUUCUUGCAUCUGAAUCUGCGGAUUGUGAAACUCACAUUCACUUUGGUGAUUACCAUUUCUGUCUUUUUGUGUUGGACAAGAUGGCCCCAGCUGGCCUGUAAGUGAGCAAAGGCCCCGCUAAAGGUCCCUCUCUCCGGGCUUUAUGACACCGAUGCUGAGUCAUAGAGGUUCUGCCAGUCCCUAAGAGAAGCACUUUCCCCUUUCCUGGUGAUGCCUUAGGCCCCUUGAACAGAGUUUUGCCCGAGUGGGGCUCAAGGGAAGGAUGGAGUUUCUUGGGACCACUCAAACUGCGAGUUACUGUAGCCCCAAGAAGAGCUGUGGCUUGACCUCGCUGCCGGCCGUACAGGCUCCAGUGAUCCAGGAGUGCUACCAGCCCUACUACCUGCCCGGGUACCGCUACCUCAAUUCAUGGAGGCCUAGCCUCUUCUACAAGAUCUCCAACGUCCAGACCUGCCCAGAUGAGACCCCCAGCACCCUGCGGCCGCCCACCGUCCUGCCCGCGCUCCGCUCUGCACUCUUCUCCCGCUAUAGCCCCCACGACUGGGACCAGUCCAACCAGCUGCAGGUGCGUGGGGCUGAGGCCUCCCGGCUGUGGGCCAGCCGGCUGACUGAUGACUCCAUGAGGCUCUUGCAGGACAAGGACCAGCUGACGCACCAGAUGCAGGAGGGCACCUCCCGGAACCUGGGCCAGAGGCUGUCGGACAUUGGCUUCUGGAAGUCAGAGCUGAGCUACGAGCUGGACAGGCUUCUAACUGAGAACCAGAGCUUGGAGAUGGUCAAAAGGCGGCUGGAGUGCGCGGCGGAUGAGGUGAACUCCCCGUUGCAGGUUGCCUUGGAGUGUCUGUACCAUCGAGAGAAGAGGAUUGGGAUUGAUUUGGUCCAUGACAACGUGGAGAAAAACCUUAUUCGGGAAGUAGAUUUACUAAAAUGUUGCCAAGAACAGAUGAGAAAAUUGGCUCAAAGAAUUGACAUGCAGAUGCGGGAUAACCGAGAUGCUCAGCAUGCCCUGGAGAGAGACCUCGAGGACAAAAGCUCCGCCCAGUUCAUCGAUGAGAAGUGCUUUAACCUGAGAAAUACGUCAGACUGCAUCAGCUUCUUCCACGGCCCACACUGCACAGGACGGAAAAUAAUCCUGGCCCAAAGGCCGAGACCCCAAGGCGGAGAAAUGCCAGAUUCCGAGGUCUCCCAGGCCUGCUGCAAACCGCCCCUGUGCCUUCGCAGGAUCUCCGUGCCCGAGACCUGGGCCAAGUUCAGUAACGACAACAUCAAGCACUCUCAGAACAUGCGGGCCAACUCCAUCCGGCUGCGGGAGGAGGCGGAGCACCUCUUUGAGACCCUGUCGGAUCAGAUGUGGAGGCAGUUCACCGACACCAACCUGGCCUUCAAUGCCCGCAUCUCUGAGGUGACAGACGUGAAGAAUAAGCUGCAGGUGCAGCUGGCGAAGACGCUGCAGGAGAUCUUCCAGGCUGAGAACACCAUCAUGCUGCUGGAAAGGUCCAUCAUGGCCAAGGAGGGCCCGCUGAAGGUGGCCCAGACGAGGCUGGAGUGCCGGACCCGGCGCCCCAACGUGGAGUUGUGCAGGGACACCCCACAGUUCAAGCUGGUGAACGAGGUGUUCACCAUCGACGAUACCCUGCAGACCCUCAAGCUGCGGCUGCGGGAGACACAGGACACACUGCAGCUGCUGGUCAUGACCAAGUGCCGGCUGGAGCACGAGCUCGCCAUCAAGGCCAACACCCUCUGCAUCGACAAGGAGAAGUGCAUGGGCAUGCGGAAGACUUUCCCCUGCACUCCGCGCCUGGUGGGCCACACCUGAGCACCACCCCGGCCCUUGGUGCCUCAUUCCGUGCUGGCAUAAAAUUGGAAAAGGCCGAGAAACAAAAUAAAACAGUAUUUUGUUUG